AUGAAACUGGAUGCGGUGGUCCGGGGAGUCGUGGUGGCCAUCUUCCUCGCGCGAGCACACCAGCGCUACGGGUUCGUCCUCGCUGAGCCGGCCCCUUGCUCCUCCUGCUCCUCCUCCUCCUCCUCCUCCUCCUCCUCCUCCUCCUCGUGCAAAACAAACGACCCCUCGCCCCAACCAUCAUCACCUCCGGCGGAAGCUCCUACCCCUAUCCAGUUACCCUCGGUUCAGAGGAGGAGAAAAUAUUUUUUCGGCCGAAAAGGCGACGACGUCAAUGGCGGCGGCGGGGGCGGGAUCAGCGAUGACAACGAGGCCAUGGGGGAGGAGGAGAAAGGGUGGGGACUGGGUUGGGAGAACAGUCGGGCGGAAGGAGGCUUGCGGGAUGGCGGCAGCAGCGGUAGCGCAGCAGACUACGAGAGGCAGGAUGAUGACGGCGACGACGACAGGCACGAUGGCGCGGCGGCGGCGGCGGCGGCGGCAGCGGCGGCGGCAGCUGGUGCCGGGGUUAGUGCUGUUAGCGAGGAAGAGGUCGCCAUGUUCGCCGCACAUGCCGCCUUCGCUGAAACCACUGACACCGCUGUCUCAGCAGCCGUCCCCGCCGCUACCGAGCUGUCGGAGUGCAACGCGUCGGUCGAGGGUAGCGGCGGCACCGCCGCUACCGGCGACGGCGGCGGCACCGGCCGUAGUGGAGGCGGCAGCGGGCCCAACAGCAGCGGUGUUGUCGACACGGGCGGGGCGGGUGGCGGCGCGCCGGAAGAGCGGAGGAGCAGUGGCCACGGGGCUUCUAGUGGGGGCGGGGUGGUAUCCGGGGAUGACUCAGGCGCUGGUGUGAAGCCGAGAGGCGGGUGGAGGAUAGGGGAAGGCCUUUCAGUGCCCCAGGAUGGGGCUCAUGCCGUGUGGAGCCGCUUCAAGGAGGCGCUUGAGGUUAGGGUGGAGGCGGCGGCGGCGGCGGUGGCCGGAGGGGGAAGGGGCGAGGGUGUCGCCGCGGGUAGAAGGAGAAGGGACAAGGCGGCGGGCGAGGAGCUGGUGGAUGAAGUGCUGCUGGAGGAGAAGAGGGAGGCCGUGUUGGCUGCGGUCCGAUGGGCUUGGAAGGGAUACACCACCCACGCCUGGGGAACGGACGAGCUCAACCCCUUGACGAGGCGAGGCAAGACUUCCUUCAGACUCGGCCUAACCAUCGUCGACUCGAUGGACACGCUCUGGCUGGCCGGAGAGAAGGGGGAGUUCGCCCGGUGCCUGCAUUGGGUGACCAACGUCAUGGACCUGGACGUCGACCAGAAUGUGAACGUCUUCGAGACGACCAUCCGGGUGCUCGGAGGACUGCUGGCGGCGUACCACCUUUCUGGCGAGGAGGCCCUCCUGACCAAGGCCGCAGACCUCGGCCGCAGGCUGUCCAAGGCCUUCGACUCGCCGUCCGGGAUUCCCUACUCGGACGUGAACUUGAGAUCGGGCCGCGCCUUCAACCCAAGGUCGUCCCCGGGCAGCUCGCUCUCGGAGGCCACGACUCUUCAGCUCGAGUUCAGUUAUCUGACGAAGCUUACGGGGGACCCUUCUUUCCACAGGGCGGCGCAGGGAGCCUCUGACGCCGUCGAGGAAGCGAUCGUCAAGCUUGCGUGGGGGGAGAAGGGCCGAGGGGAGCGGCAGGGGUUGGCUCCUGUUUUCGUCGAUCCCAAGACAGGGCUCUUCGGGGAGUCUGGCGGGGCGGUCGGGACGAAUCGCGGGCUGGUCACUCUCGGCGCGAGGGGGGACUCGUACUACGAGUACCUGCUGAAGCAGUGGCUGUUUUCCGGCAAGAAAGACACCAAGUAUCUUCGGAGGUACCAGGAGGCGGUUCGAGCGGUGGAAGCGACGCUGCUUCAGAAGUCCUACCCGGGGGAACUGUGGUUCGUCGGCGAGCUAGUCGGCGAAAACUUCUCUCCGAAGAUGGACCACCUCGUCUGCUUCCUCCCAGGAACUUUGGCUUUGGGCCAACUGCGAGGGGCGGCCGGGGAGGGCGACGGGCACCUGGCGUUGGCCCGAGAGCUCAUGGAGACAUGCUAUCAGAUGUACGAGCGCACGGGGACGGGUUUGGCCCCGGAGAUCGUGCACUUUAAGAUCGCAGAUGGCGGGAGCGACGGCGGCGGCGGUCAUGGCGAAGACAUGAUCAUCAAAGCGAGAGAUAGACAUAACCUCCUCCGUCCCGAGACGCUGGAGUCGCUCUACUACCUGUACUGGAUUACCGGCGAGGACGGGUACCGGGAGCAGGCAUGGGCGAUCUUCGAAGCCUUCGAGGAACACUGCCGGGUGGACCGAGGGGGCUACGCCGGGCUCGAGGACGUUACCGACGUGCGCUCCGAGAGGCUCAACAAGAUGGAGACUUUCUUCGUGAGUGAGAGCCUCAAGUACCUGCUGCUCAUAUUCUCGGAGGAAAACCCCCUGCCGUUCGACAGCUACGUUUUCAACACGGAGGCCCACGCUUUCCCGAUUUUCUAG